AUGAGUCGUACACAGAAUCGACCUCUUGUACGAGGAUUGAUCAGCCAGCGCUCGGCCCUACUGUUCGCUAUUCUGACCGGAUGCCUUGGGGUCGGCGUACUUUGGUACGGCGUCAACCCUACCACGGCCAUCCUCGGCGCCGGCAACCUUGGCCUAUACGCAUUCGUUUAUACGCCCCUCAAACGACUACAUCCGGUCAACACCUGGGUCGGCGCGGUCGUCGGCGCAGUGCCACCUCUAAUGGGCUGGUGUGCUGCCGCAAGCCAGUACAGCGUCACGGAUUCUUCCAACUCCUCUAUCUGGGAGGAGUCAAAGGACCUACUCUUGACUGAGCAAGCCAUCGGCGGCUGGCUUAUCGCCGCCUUGCUCUUCGCAUGGCAGUUCCCGCAUUUCUUUGCGCUGUCGCAUAAUGUUCGCCAUGAGUACGCAACCGCAGGCUACAAGAUGCUCACGUCGUCCAACACCGCAAUGGCCGCUCGCGUUUCGUUGCGCUACUCGCUGGCCAUGUUUCCGAUAUGCAUUGGCCUGAGUUACUAUGAUGUGACGGACACGGCAUUCAUGGCUACUAGCAGUGUGGUCAAUGCAUGGAUGUUGCGAGAGGCGAUCAAGUUCUGGCGGCUGCAUGGAGAUAAGGGGAGUGCGAGGGCGCUGUUCUGGGCAAGUGUGUGGCAGUUGCCGAUUGUGCUGGUGUUGGCGAUGGUGCAGAAGAAGGGGUUGUGGGAGAGGUUGUGGAGGAGUAUAAAUGGAGAAGGCGAUAGCGAGGAGCUGUGGGAUGACGAGGACGGAUGA